UCGGACAGCCUCUUGCGCUACGAUAUCGGUCCGAGACGCACGAAUCCCUUAGGCGAAUUUUCACGUUUUUGGCAGUCAUCCCGUUCGAAAUUGAAUUUACCUUUUGUAUUUUUUUUUUAAUUCAAAAUUUGUAUGAACAUUAAUAUAAUAUAAUAAUUGUUAGAGUUAUUAUUAUUGAAAAAACAUAAGCGUGUGUUCGACCUUAAUUUGAAAUAUACAAUCAGACGGUAAAUAUGGAUAGCGAUAUGCCCACUACACCAACGCCAGCCGUGCGGUCAACAAUCCAAGUAACACGCCCGGGGCCCACUCCAGCCCCUCGCAACCCUGCGACCAUAGCGCCACCAACCGCUGCCCGUGCAUCACGCACGAACCCGACGCCGGUACCAGCAGGUCCGCAGCGCACCCGAUGCCCCCUUUGUCGGCGCCCACAUCGGUUGCCACACUGCAGCAUAUUCAAGAAGAUGCUACCGCUGCUACGACAACAGGUCGCCCAGGCACAUGGCCACUGCCUGAAUUGCUUGGCGACUACCCACUCCACGCCGGAGUGUACUUCCAGCUAUGGGUGCCAAAUAUGCAUGCGGAUGCAUCACACCCUCCUACAUCGAGAUGGCGGACAACAACCUGCCCCCCAUGACCGUGGUACAAACCGACGCUCGCAGACGAACCAUGUUGCACGUAGGCAACCUCAGCAUUCUCGCAGUCGACGCCCACACUAUAGCCCAUUCACGCGCCGCCGUCCACACAGGUCGCCGUCUCGCCGGUCCACUGGGCUCAGCAAUGUGGUGGCCACUUUACAGCAGUUGCAACGACUACUAGGCUAAUUACUCGCCUAGGGGGGCCGGGAUGUCCAAAUGAGUCUCAGCCAACACACCAGACACACCAUCACACCACAUUUUUUAAUCUAACACACAACACUGACAUCAUCACCACACCACAUUUUACACCACGUUCUAACACCCACACAAUGAUACCACCCACUCAAGAGAGCAGCACACACCAAUGCGCAAACUAUACGCCAACCCAAAAGAACAAAAGGACAGACGACAUGAUCGGACAGCCUCUUGCGCUACGAUAUCGGUCCGAGACGCACGAAUCCCUUAGGCGAAUUUUCACGUUUUUGGCAGUCAUCCCGUUCGAAAUUGAAUUUACCUUUUGUAUUUUUUUUUUAAUUCAAAAUUUGUAUGAACAUUAAUAUAAUAUAAUAAUUGUUAGAGUUAUUAUUAUUGAAAAAACAUAAGCGUGUGUUCGACCUUAAUUUGAAAUAUACAAUCAGACGGUAAGUGCGAGGAAGGUGGUGUAUAAC